AUGAAAAUUCUCUUUAUAAACGCUCAGUCAUUUAAAACUGCAUUUGGAUUACAUGACAUAGUAGAAAAAUACAAUAUUGAGAUACUAUGUGUAAAUGAAACUUUUGAAAAACCAAACUCGCCAAUACAUUUCAAAGACUGGAAAGUUUAUUCUUCAUCACGAAAAGACAAAACUGGAGGAGGAUCUGCCAUCUUCAUCAAACCAACAUUAAAUUUUGUUACUAUAAGAAAGCCUGAAUAUGAACUUGAUUCAAUAGAAAUGGUGUGUAUAGAGGUAAAAGAUAGAUCAAAUAAAACAUUUAAUAUUUGGGUCCCAUAUGUUCCACCAGAAAAACCUAAAUUAAUGGAGGAACUUUGUAAUGUUGUUAAAAAAGAAAAAUUGAAAAAUCUAAUUUUAUUAGGUGACUUAAACGCAAAAAGUAUGGAAUGGAAUAAUCCUAAGGAAAAUUCACAUGGUAAACUAUUGGAAAACUGUAUGACAACUUCAAAUUUAAUAUGUACAAAUGAUGGACAAUAUACUAGAAGAAAUAGUUCAAGUAGAGGAAAAGGUAUGUACAAGAUUUGUAUAACAGAUUUGAAAAGGAAAUUAUGGAAUGCAUGGAAGAGUCAAUUCCAAAAAUUGAGAAAAAAAAAGUUCUUUGCUCAUAGGCACCCGGUUUGGUGGGAUGACGCCGUAAAAGAUAGUAAAAAAAGCCUUAAUCAAGCACAACGUAAAUUCAAAGUUAAAAGUACUCCAAAUAAUUUUGAAAAUCUUAAACAAGCAGAAAUUAAUUUCAACAAAGUAAAGGAUUUGGCCCAAGAGGAAUGGGGAAACAACCUAGCAGAAAAGCUAUCAAAAGCAUCUAAUGUCAAGGACAAAUGGAGUGUAUUUAGAAAAAUGACAAAGAAGCAAAAUAAUAACAUGGUACUUCCUUUUGUUGACGGAAAUGGAAAUGUAACUUUUAAAGAAGAAGAGAAAUGUCAACAACUAGAAACAACUUUCUUCAAGGGAAAACACUUAAAUCCCAUUUCCUUUGAUGCAGAAUUUUAUACAGAAAUUAUGGACAAAUAUCAUUCAAUCUCAGAGGAUAAAGAACAACAUUUAGAAGAUAACAAUGAUAUUGAUAUUAACUUUGCCAUAGAACAAGAUGAGCGGGCUGGUGCAGUUUACAGACUAAAAAAUGAAACUUGUCCAGGACCUGAUAAUUACUUUUCAUUAUUAUUUAUUAAUGGGGAUGAUAAUCUGUAUAGCACUUUAUUAUAUAUAAUGAACAAAUCAUGGGAUGAAGGUUCCUUACCAAAAUCAUGGAAACAAGCAAAUGUCAAGUUCAUCAAAAAAAUUGGUAAACCAAACUACAAUAAUCCCUCAUCAUAUCGUCCAAUUAGCUUAACAAGCAUAUAUAUAUACUAG